UUUCUCUCUCUCUCUCUCUCUCUCUUAUACUCGAAAGACCGAGUUAGGCGGACCAAAUCUUUGUCGGUAGGAACUAGCGUUACGCGGUCCACCCGAAAUACUAAUGGGAAAAUAAAAAUAUUUUAUAGCAAUACUGUCUUGGGACUGGGUUUAAAUAAUUUGCAGAAAAACUUCAAGAAAAGCAAAAUUUUAAAAUGUGAGUGAUUGCUCUACCGAGUUACGCGGGCCGAAACUCAUGUCGGUAAAUUACCGGCGUUACGCGGACCAGAGCUUCAAUUUAAAAUUUGCGUCAUAUCGACGUUUUACGCAUAGAAACGACUUGUCGGAUGUGUGUCAGAACAAUGUUACAUCAAUUUCUCUUCGAGUUCGUGUUAUGCAAAUCACUAGCGCCUCACUCUGAGCUGGGAACACGUGUUUCGUGGACCUGGUGAUCAACUAAAAAAUAAUAAUUCUCGCGGUAAUUUGCUCGCGAGAUUAAGAGUAACCCCCGUGUUUUUAUUCUCUUAUUCUAUCCUGCUGAUUUAUAGUUUGCCACUUCCUAUUCGUGGAUGUCUAUAGUGUUCGCGUGUAUAUACUCAAAGUGCAGGAUUGUAGUGAUAAGUUGGUGUAUACCCAAGAUAUGCGGACCAGGAGCUCACUCGAAUUUGGUGUCAACCCGAGUUAUGCGGACAGGGAGCUCACUCGAAUUUGGUGUCAACCCGAGUUAUGCGGGCCAGGAGCUCACUCGAAUUUGGUGUCAACCCGAGUUAUGCGGACCAUGAGCUCACUCGAAUUUGGUGUCAACCCGAGUUAUGCGGACCAGGAGCUCACUCGAAUUUGGUGUCAACCCGAGUUAUGCGGACCAGGAGCUCACCCGAAUUUGGUGUCAACCCGAGUUAUGCGGACCAGGAGCUCACUCGAAUUUGGUCUUAACCCGAGUUAUGCGGACCAGGAGCUCACCCGAAUUUGGUGUCAACCCGAGUUAUGCGGACCAGGAGCUCACUCGAAUUUGGUGUUAACCCGAGUUAUGCGGACCAGGAGCUCACCCGAUGUUGGUGUUUACCCGAGUUACGAGGACCGGGAGCUCACUCGACGUUGGUGUUUACCCGAGUUACGAGGACCAGGAGCUGAGAAAAUAGACCGCAUCUACAUUUGAAUGGAUGAAUGCUGUUUUGGCAGAAGGAGGUAAGAAAUGAGGACAUUUUCUCUAUACAUAUUUUACGAUUAUGCGCGAAUUUUACUAUCGUUAAGUUUAGUAUCCAGCUUUUGAAACGUAUGACCUUUUAUUUUGUCAAUCCAUCUCUGUCCCGAGUAACUAUCACCCAUCCUUCCCUCAACUAGAUUUCUUGAGAACAUAUAUCUCCCUUG